UCCCCUCAUACUUUUAACAUAGAGUAAGUGCCUAUGCCACACAUGUCUUACAGAUACUCGUCAGAUUCGCAUUAUCGAAUUCAUAAAGCUAACGCAUCGAGCAGAAACUGACUUGCAGAUAAGCUGGUCACCUACAGAAUUGUCCACCAUGGUCAUCCCCCGUACAACGCUCCUCGAGCCCGCAAGGACUCUCUGUAAUGCAUUUGCAUCCGCUAGCCCCGUAUCUGAGCUCGUGAGAUGCUUCACAUCUGACCCAAUGCCCAUUGCGCACGAACACGGCCAUCCAUCCCUAGCCCCGUUCCUUGGACGAACCUUCACAGGCCAGCAGGGGAUCACGAAGUACUUCGAGCUGCUAAACGAGCAUCUUACAUUUGAGAACAUGCGAUUCGACCCUGAAGAUGAAUGGGUCGUUGAUUCAGAGACACUGGCUGUCUGUCUGAAGGGCCGGGCCCGCUUCAUCUGGAGGGCUACGGGCGAGGGCUGGAACGAGACAUUCUGCUACCGGUUGGGGCUGGCGGAGGAUAUCUCCCAGGAUGGUAAGGGCGGGUAUAAAGUCCAGGAAUAUCGGGUUUGGGCAGACACUGGAGCUGCAUAUCUCGCUAGUAAAAAGGAGUUGAGGUUGUUGGAGGGACAGAAAGAUCCUAAUGGGAAUGCGAAGGCGAAGGCAGCGGGGGAUAAGUUGGGUUCCGGAAUGAAUGUGUAUGGUAGUUGUGGAUAAGAGGACACUUGAUUGAGUGUUCUCACGUUUCAUGGAUUGGUGAAGGAGUUGUUGGAGUCGAGUUAACUAGUGUUCGUGAUUAUUGGGGGUAAAUGGUCUCCGCUAUCUCGAGUUGUAUAUUUUUAUUCAUCAGUCUGUCGCAAACUUUCAUUGCGGCACUACGGUUUUAUAUUCUCCAAUUCUACAAGCAGUCUCCGGCUCUGAUAUGUGACCGUAACGUCCAUAACGUCCACUUUCUCUGGAAAUUGCUGAAGGGCGAAUUCUACGCUACCAUUCAACGAUAUCCCAUCUCUGUAUCAUCUCCUUCGAGAUACUAUCUGUAUGGAUCAAGG